GAUCGCUCGACGCGCUGAUUAGCGGCGGCGCGCAGGUACGGGAUGAGCGCGGAUGUGAUUCAAACACAGAACUCGCUUGACUUUACUGUAGUAUUACUGGAGUUUAACGCGCUCGAGCGUGUGAAUGCAGGACUGUGAAGCUGAAGGACAUGGAGGCUUUUACCAUCAAGAGUCGCAUUAAAAGUCUCCUGCGCUCUCCGUCCAUCAAACUGAGAAAGAGCAGAAGUCGCAUCAAAGACAGUCUGUCCAGUAAGGUGACUCUAGAGAAGGUUCUGGGCAUCACGACCGCAGGAAACAGCGGUUUAUCAUGUGACCCGUGUUCAGGAACCGUAGCCUAUCCAGCUGGGUGUGUCGUCGUGUUACUGAACCCGGCCAGAAACACACAACAGCAUCUCAUCAACUCAUCCAGGAAGACCAUCAGCACACUGUCGUUCUCGUCAGACGGCCGGUAUCUCGUCACUGGAGAGAGCGGUCAUCUUCCCGCCGUGCGCGUCUGGGACGUGUCCGAAGGGACGCAGGUGUCCGAGCUGCUGGAGCACAAAUACGGCGUGUCCUGCGUGGCGUUCUCGCCCAACAGCAAGUACAUCGUGAGCGUGGGGUCGCAGCAUGACAUGAGCGUGAACGUGUGGGCCUGGAAGAAGAACGCGCUGGUGGCGGCGAACAAGGUGUCCAGUAAGGUGACGGCGGUGUCGUUCUCGGAGGACAGCGCUCACUUCGUCACCGCAGGGAACAGACACGUCCGCUUCUGGUACCUGGAGCCCUCGCGCUCCCAUAAGCCGGUGCCGCUGAUGGGCCGCUCGGGGCUCCUCGGGGAGCUGCAGAACAACUUCUUCUGUGGCGUGGCAUGCGGACGCGGGCCGAAGUCCGACAGCACCUUCUGCAUCACGUCAUCAGGGCUGCUGUGUGAGUUCAGCGGCAGGAGAGUGCUGGAGCGAUGGGUCCGUCUGCAGACGAGUUCAGCUCACGCUCUGACGGUGACGGAGGAUCUGAUCUUCUGCGCGUGUGCGAACGGAACCGUGCGCGUCUUCAGCCCGUCGGACCUGCGCUUCAUCUGCACUCUGCCCCGCCCCCAUCAUCUGGGCGUCGACGUGUCCACCGUCACGCAGGCCAGUCAACCGUUCAGCAGAAAGCCCGACGCCCGCUACCCAGACUCUGUGGCAGUGACCUUUGACCCCGUGAACCGCUGGCUGUCCUGUGUGUAUAAUGAUCACAGUUUAUACGUGUGGGACACGCGAGAUCUGCAGAAAGUGGGCAAAGUUCACUCAGCGCUGUAUCACUCGGCCUGCGUUUGGGAUCUGCAGAUGUUUCCCACAGACGCCGAUGGCUCUCAGACGGCUCUCGGCUCCUCGGAUCUGUUCCUCACCUGUUCUUCUGACAACACUGUGCGUUUCUGGAGCUCAGACGGCGUUCACAGCGCUGACGUGUUGAGCAGUGAUCUUCAUCACGUCAUCUACAUGGACGACAACACCGCCGCCCUGCUGGACGUGGAGGGAACUGCGGUCAGUGGCUCGGAGAAGCCUGAGAGCUCGAGCGCUGACAGCCGGAGCGGGAUCAGAUCCAUCUGCGUUAGUCCGGAUGGGAGACACCUGGCGUCCGGAGACAGAAACGGCACACUGAGGAUUCAUGAUCUGACGUGUAUGAAGGAGAUGGUGAAGGCUGAAGCACAUGACUCUGAGAUCUUGUGUCUGGAAUACUCCAAACCUCACACAGGCAUGAAUCUGCUGGCCACAGCGAGUCGAGACCGGCUGAUCCACGUGCUGGACGUCGAGGAAGACUACGGUCUGCUUCAGACGCUGGACGAGCACUCGUCCUCCGUCACGUCCGUCCGCUUCGCUGCCAGUGAUGGGAAGUUGAGGAUCAUCAGCUGCGGAGCGGAUAAGAGUGUGUACAUCCGCACCGCACACAGGACCAUCAGAGGAACCGCCUUCAAACGGACACAUCAUGUGGUUCGGAAAACGACUCCCAAUGACAUGGACGUGGAUCCCACAUGCAAGUACGCAGCCGUCGGCUGUCAGGACCGCAGCGUCAGAGUGAUCAACAUCAGCAGCGGCAAACAGAAGAGAUCUUAUAAAGGCUCACAGACUGAAGACGGCAGUUUGCUGAAGGUUCAGAUGGAUCCGUCCGGUCUGUAUUUGGCCACCAGCUGCUCCGAUAAGAACAUCAGCCUGUUUGACUUCCGGACCGGAGAGUGUCUCGCCGCCGUGUUCGGACACUCAGAGAUCAUCACGGCUCUGAGGUUCAGCAGUGACUGCAGGCGUCUGCUGUCGGCAUCAGGAGACAGCUGUGUGUUUGUGUGGAGACUCGCUCCUGAACUGACCGUCAGCAUGAGAGAGAGACUGUCCGAGCGCAGACGUCGUCACAGCGGACCGAACGCUAGAAACAAUCCCUUCAGACGGUCCUCCUCGAGUGGAUUCACACUGCGCAGAUCUCCGUCCAUCAUGAGCUGCUCGUCUGAGAGCGACCGAGAGGAAGAUGAUGGUGAUGAUGAUGAUGAAGAUGAAGAAGCUGUGAAGGUGUCUGGAGACACAGAGAGACGGCCGGACAGCAGUCAGUCAGAGGACAGUGUUGAGGAGACGACGGGUGCGUCUGAUGAAGGACACGAGUGGAACCCGCUGAAGAUGUGUCUGCAGGACUCGAGUGUGUCUGAAGCGUGUCGGCCGCGCAGGCGCUGGUCCUGUCGGAUGGGAUCUCUGGAGCUCAUGGUGAAGUCCAUGUUGGAGCUUCGGCAGCUGGAUUCACUGUCUGAAGAUGCCGUGAAGAACAGAAGCUCCUCUGACCGGCUGCGGGACGAGGUUCGAGGCAGCACCUCCAGCCUGCAGGAGUGGCGUCACAGGCGUACGGCUCGUCCUCUCUCGGCCUGGCUGCUUCCCGCCUGCACUCCGGAGCCGGACGGGGUCGUGUUGUACCCGGAUCACUGUCCCAGCGCCAGCAGCCCGCCCGGACCGUCCUACCACGUACAGAUCCCGGCCCGAGCAGAAGAAGCCCAGAGUCCCGUCAGCGGCGCCUCCGUGGGCUACGGCAGCGGAGGAUCCAGUCCGGAUCACAGACGCCACGAGGAGCCGCUCGGCUCUGACGACGAUCACUGCGAGCGAGACACGAACACACGGAGAGACUCUGAGAGCGUCACGAGGAGAGACCCGGAGACACUCGCUGACGGGACGGACUGCAGCGUCUCGACGUGUUUCCAGACCCCAGACUCCUCCAGCAGGACGGGUCACGUGUUUCUCCAUAAGGCUGGUAAGUGUAGCGUCGGCGGCGUCACACCGCUGAUGGAGGACACGGUCUCUCGCAGGAGCCACCCGUACAUCAGCAGAACUCCUGCACGACUGCACAGAUCCACUUCAGCACUCAAUCCCACCGCUGACGCACGAAGGUCACUGCCUCCGUCCCGUCUGCGGCGAGAGGGGCGUCCCGUCCUGCCCAAGCUGAGUUUGGAGAGGAUGGAGCCCAGAACACCCCCGUCCUCCCCUCGGCCGUGGGACAGUCCGAACGCCCGCUACAUGAGCCCCACCACCAGCUCCAGAGCCAAGAUCAGCCGCUGCGUGUCCGCGGGCGACGGCCUCCAUCUGGGCUCCAGCGAGACCCUGCCGAUCAGCAGCCCGUUCACAAGCGCUCCGGCCGAACUCAAACACCUCAAACCUCGCGCCUGUCAGCGCCUCAGCAGCCCGUUUGACGAGUGGCCGAGCAGAUCCAGCUCUCCUCUAGACCCGGGGUCAUCAGGAGCCGUGACCUCUGACGUCGAGCGUCCUCGAGCGGCGGUGAAGGCUUUCUCUGUGACGUCUGAUGAUCAAGAGCCGGCGGUCAGUCUGGAGUCCUGCAGACGCGCAGCAGCCGAUCUGUGCCGCAGCUUGAGGAGAGCGACCGGACUCUACAGGACGCUGAUGUCCCAUGAUUCCCAGCGCAGCGGCGAGCAGCAGCAGAUGCAGCAGCUGAUGUCGGACGCUCUGCUGCAGGUGCGAUCCGAGCUGGAUUCAGUGCCCGGAUCAGUCCGGAUCCGUGAUGGGAGAGGGGAAGGCCACGCUGGCGUUACUGGAGCAGUACUCGCGGCGGCUGCUGCGCUCCGUGGAGGAGAGACUCCAGACGCUGUAGUUACGCAGAUAUGAGCGUAUUUCACUUGUUCGUUCACCAACUCAUGUCAUUUAUUCAUGUGGAUGUUAAUAUUUUUAUUAUAAGUCACCAGCUGUGACUCAUGAGUGUUUUUAAUUUUUUGAAUUUCCAUUUUUAUUAAUGUUUUAUUGUCAAACAGGUUAAUAAUGUGUGUCAUGUUAGUAAUUUAAUAACAUGUUAAACAAUCCUUUUAUUUGUUUUUAUUUAUUUGUGAUUGUUUGAUCUGAUUUCUCACACAAUAAACUGAAAUAUGAUAUGUA